GUCAUCAAUUACACUUUAUGUUACCACUCCUCCAGGCUGCAAGCUUUAGUACAUGUACCCUUACAUAUUCCACUAUUCCACUAUCUCCUUCUUAACAUUAACAACUACAACCACGAAUUCCCAACGCCACUCUCAUACCUUUAAACCGUUCGCCAGGUAGAAAAUAUCCAACCUAAACCCAUACAUUAGGUACCUAGGAACGCGAAAUCCGACGUUGAAAUUAGCGACAAUAUCCAAGUUAUAAGGAUUGUCUUUUUCUUCACCCCUCCUGCUGCCCAGCAUGUUUCGGGGAACAGCAGUCGGACCAUAUGACGAAGAGAUCGCCAAGGCGACCGAUGAGAAUCUCACAUCGGAGGAUUGGGGGGCCAUUAUCGAGGUCUGCGACAAAGUAGGGAGCGAUCCCAAUGGCCCCAAUCAAGCGGUUCAGAGUUUAAUCAAACGUCUGGCGCAUCGCAAUGCCAAUGUCCAACUCUACACCCUCGAGCUCGCAAAUGCGCUCUCCCAGAACUGCGGCAAGAAUAUGCACCGAGAGCUUGCCAGCCGCGCCUUUACCGAUGCCCUACUUAAACUUGCCAACGAUCGUAAUACCCACCAACAAGUCAAGUUGAAGAUCCUCGAAAGGAUGAAGGAGUGGUCCGAUAUGUUUAGCAAGGACGCCGACCUCGGGAUCAUGUACGAUGCCUACUACCGCCUUAAGCAGAGUAAUCCGACAUUGCAGCCACCCUCGGCUCCACAGAAGACCGGUCUUACCGAGCUAGAUCGUCAGAAGGAGGAGGAAGAGCUCCAGAUAGCACUGAAGCUAUCGUUGCAAGAGGAGGAGAGGAAAAAGGGCACACAACCCACAUCUUCUGUCGCAGGACCUAGCUCUAGCGCGGUACCGAGUGCAGCGGCUGCUCCGGUGGAAUCAGUGCCUUCUCACCCCACAGGCACGACAGCCGCCACCGUAUCGCGAGUCCGCGCCCUCUACGAUUUUGCGCCAUCCGAGCCCGGCGAACUUGAGUUCAGGAAGGGAGAUAUUAUAGCAGUUUUGGAGUCCGUCUAUAAAGAUUGGUGGCGAGGCUCGUUAAAAGGCAGGACCGGUAUUUUUCCCUUGAACUACGUCGAAAAGCUUGCCGACCCGACCCCCGAUGAACUUCACCGCGAGGCGCAAAUGGAGGCCGAAGUGUUUGCCGAAAUCAAGAAUGUGGAGAAGCUUCUUACGCUAUUGAGCACUUCUAAUGCAUCGCCAAGGGAAGAGGACAACGAGGAGAUAUCAAAACUAUACCACCAAACACUCGCUAUUCGACCUAAACUAAUUAAGUUAAUUGAGAAGUAUUCUCAGAAGAAGGAAGACUUCACGCAACUCAAUGAAAAAUUCAUCAAGGCCCGAAGAGAUUACGAGUCACUUUUAGAAUCUUCAAUGUCCCAUCCUCCCCAACCGACUUAUCACCAAUACGCACCACGACCGCUCAUGGCACACGGGUAUGGGGUUCCGGGAGGCCCAGGAGGCCCGGGUCCUGGUUCGAACUUCGCUCCUCAGGGACCGCCGCCUAACCAGCAGGAGCCCCAACGAUUUUACACCCCGGGUCCUCAAGGACCCCCCCAGCAAGAGCAGAACCGAUACCAGGCUACAUCGCCGCCUCCUAGUUUCCAGCGGCUAACGCCAGCACCUGCUCCCUUCUAUCUACAAGGGGCAGAAGUUCCUGCUCAAGCAAGCCAACAGCCACCUCAGCAAUAUCCGCCAAGAGAUCAGCCCUCGCGGAUAGCCGCAGGGAAACAGCCUGCUCCUUUACAAACAUCUUCUUCUCCGCCGCCGCAAGCUUACCAGGCGUACUCUCAACCCGCUCAAGCGGAACAGCGGCCUCAGAGUACUUACGGCAAUCCUCAAGAAUUAGCCACGUCGGCCUACGACUCCCCGAUUGCAGCCACCCACAAUCCUGGUCGACCCGAUCCCUAUUCCGCAUCAGUCUACUCUCAGGAGGACCCUUAUGCCACAAGCCCAACGGCUACCGCACCUUCUGCACCCUCAGCCCCUGCCCCUUCCGCCCCGCCGGGACCAACUCAGGGCGUUCCAGCCCCUCUAGCUGUAACAUCUUACCCUUCAGCACCCUCCCAGCCGCAAUACUCGGCGUAUAACCCUAGUGUCCAGCGCCAGGACUCGUAUGAUGCUCCCUCGCAAAUACCCCCUCAACCGACCGGGUUAGCACCUCCAAUUCCGCAGGGGGCCCAACCACCGCCGAGCGCAAUGACACCCCCGCCUCUUCAACCAGGUGGCACAGCCUUCGAUGCCCGGCAGUCACUCCCAAGCCAGGCCCCGCUGAGCCAACCGCAACAGCCGCAAUACAAAGCCUACAUACCCCCGGGGAAUGAGCCUAGCGCACCGCAGGACUUCUAUAGGCAAAACGCGGCGUACUAAUUUUCAGCGGAAAUAAUAGUGUUGGUACACAUGAAUGGGGAUUUAGCAAAAUUCAGAUAUCGUGCUAAGAGCUUUGAUUUGGGCAUGUUGUCAGGGGGAAUCCUGGAGGGUUUUAGUUACUAGGCGAGGUUGAUUCCCCUAUUCAUUCCAUAGGCUCCCCAAGUUCCAGGGAAGUAGUUUAUUAGAUAAUGGAUGUAGUAAUUAUCGCGAAUGAUUUAGAUGUUUCUUUUA